AUGUUUAAAAAAUUCAGCUUUUCCGAGAACAUUGCUGGACAAUCCCAGCUCAAAUCCUCUGUUCAACGCGCUGUACGCACCAAACUCCAAGAUCAGUUUCCAACACUUGAGCCCAUUAUGGACGAGUUGAUCCCCAAAAAGACACCCAUCAUUCAGAUCAAGGGCCACGAGCACCUUACCUUUUUGUCAGUCAACGGAGUGAUCUUGUUUUUCCAGCACUUUGAUGGCCCUUACUUUCCUACUUUGAAGCUUUUGCACAAGUAUCCUGAUCUUCUUCCCAAGUUGCAAGUGGAUCGUGGUGCCAUCAAAUUUGUCUUGUCAGGUGCUAACAUCAUGUGUCCUGGUUUAACUUCCAAGGGUGCUCGCAUGGAUGUGGACUUGCCAGAAGAAUCCAUGGUGGCUAUUAUGGCCGAGGGAAAGGAAAACGCAUUGGCUAUUGGUUGGCUCAAGAUGAGCACAGAGGACAUUCGCAAGAAGAACAAAGGUAUCGGAUGCGAUAAUAUCCAUCAUCUUAACGAUACCCUGUGGAAGGAAAUUGUACGUGCGUAA